AUGCCGAAUCCUGAAAUGGCGUCUUGUUUCCAGUUGGCCAACCUCGGCCAUGCACAGUCCUUUGAACGACAAUUCUCGCGAUGGACGAUGCUGGGACUGGCUUUUGCCAUUCUGAACACUUGGAGUGCGUUAGCUGCAUCGCUCAACCUCGCUUUGCCAUCGGGAGGUCCUGUGGCAGUGGGAUGGGGCCUUGUCGUUGCCGGCGUCUUCAAUCUGGCAUUGGCGGCGAGUCUGGCAGAGUUUCUGUCCGCUUUUCCUACCGCUGGUGGCCAAUACUAUUGGGUAGCGAUUUGUAGCCCGCCGUCGUUACGUGCUGGGAUGUCGUGGAUCACUGGCUGGGUCAAUCUGUCUGGAUGGGUCGCCUUGGUUGCCACAAACGCCUCCAUCUGCUCCACCUUGAUCAUCAACAUCAUCUACCUCAUGCAUCCGUCGUACGACUUCCACCGAUGGCACCAGUUCCUCAUUUAUAUCGGCAUUACUCUGAUCUUCUUCCUGAACAACGCCCUCUUGCAGCGAGUUCUGCCACAGUUGAACGGCUUUGCUAUCUGCUGGUCACUCGUGGGAUUUCUCGUGGUCUGCAUUACGGUACUUGCAUGCGCUGCUCCAGACUAUGCCACUGGAGAGUAUGUCUUUGCCACGUUUAUCAACACAACUGGCUGGCCGGACGGUCCUGCGUGGCUACUCGGCCUUCUUCAGGGCAGCUUCAGUCUUACAGCGUUCGACGCUGUCGCCCACCUGAGCGAAGAGAUCCCAAAUCCGUCCGUCGAAGGCCCGAAGAUCAUGGUUUACUGUGUUUUGAUCGGAAUCGGCACUGGCUGGCUUUUCCAGGUCGUGUUGCUCUUUGUAUCUGGAGGCCUGGUCAACUCUGAGGAUGUCAUCAAUUCCCCAGCCGGGCCGUUGCUUCAAAUCUCCUACAUUGCAACAAGGAACAAAGCUGGUGCCGUGUGCCUACUGAUACUCCCGCUCAUGUGCUUCAUCUUUGGCGGGACUGCGGUCAUGACUACAUCGUCUCGAAUGACGUUCGCAGUGGCUCGAGACGGCAUGCUCCCAGUGUCCGCUUUCUGGUGGAAGUUGAACCAGAAGUUGGGAGUUCCGCUCAAUGCACUGUUUCUGAAUGUGUUUGUGGUUAUCGUGUUUGGCUGCAUCUACCUGGGCUCGAACGUGGCGUUUAAUGCCGUUACCGCUUCGUCAGUUGUAGCUUUGGGCAUCAGCUAUGCCUUGCCACCCGCAAUGAAUAUGCUGUAUCUACGACGCAAGCUCCCACCACGGCCUUUUGCGAUGCCCGAAUGGCUUGGAUGGACUGCGAAUAUCCUCGGAGUCGGUACCAUAUACCAUCCUGACAACCGUGCUAUUUCUGUUCCCACCUGGAGGCCGGUGACUGCGUCCAACAUGAACUACUGCAUCGUAGCAUUCGGCAUCAUCAUUCUUAUUUCCGGCCUUCAAUGGAUCUUUGACGGGAGAAAGAACUAUGCGGGACCAAGAAUUACCGUCGACGAAGGAGUGGUAGCUGGUGGCGAGCCAAAUCAGGGCAAAGAGCAACUUUCAAAAGCUCAAUAG